AUGAGCGUUGUUGAAACAUUUCACGGCUACAUCGAAACUACCCAAGAUACACUCCUCAUCUUUGAGGCGUGCCGCAGGGGCCUUUUGCCACGCAUCUGUCGUCGUCUUCAGGAAAAGGAACGCCGCAUUGUACAGUCGGGAACCGUCUUUGUUUUUGAUGAACGCGAGUCUGGGAUCAAACGGUGGACUGAUGGUCUCGUCUGGUCGCCUUCUCGCAUCCUCGGCAACUUUCUGGUCUAUCGUGAACUCGACAAGCGUAACAGCGGUAAAAAAGACGUUUCGCCCAUUGACCGCGCCUCUCGCUCGAGCGACAGUGAUGCGGAAUCUGUAAUUGACAAGAGCAAGGAACGCGCUUUAGUGGGAUCUCUCACUAACUCCUACCGCUUCAAGAGGAACGGGUUGAUCAAAAAGACGAUGUCCAUAAUCGUUAAUGGCGUCUCGCAGCAUAUGAUCUCGUAUUACUCCAAGGAGGAUGUCCUCGCCGGUAAACUUCGCACGCCCUCCUCUGUUCCAGAACUAGCCGGCCUUGAGAUUAGCCCCGAGUUCAUGAUGAAGCAGAACUUUCGCAUCCCUCCCACGGUUGAGCGACCUUAUGACCAUUUGCCAGAUAGCCUGCACUCACCAAAUUCGAACCACAGCCCGCGCACUCCCAACGGUGCGCACGCGCACGCCAUGAGUCCCAAUGGCGCCAAUUUUCCAUCCACAGGGUUCGGUCAUCAUGCCCGUACCAAGGUCGAGUCGGAUCUCGAGGGAGGAUCGCCCCUGGAUGUCUUUUCAAAGCCUUAUAACCAACAGGCACACCAUUCCAUGCACACUCAACAAGGAUAUCACGCCAUGACGCAUCUUGCCGGGUCGCAACAACAACAGCAGCAACACCACGGCUCGCAUUCGUAUGCAUCGUCACAACACACAUUCUCAACCAACUUUGGAUAUGUCUCGAAUUCGAAUGGAGCUUCUGAUGUUUCUUCUACUACACCACCCUCGACCCGGUACAUGUCCCGCAAUCAGCCGUUUGCUUCUUAUUCCUCCCAGUCCCCCUCUCAGAUUCCUGUGUCUCAACAAGAACAACAGCAGCAAUCUCAGCAGCAUCAACAGCUGCAGGCUCAGACGAUGCCGCAUCAACGGCCUGGAAUUUCGACUGCUCACUACGGUGCUGGGUCACCAGUAAUGGUGAUGCCUAGUCCAGGGGCCAAUAGCUCGAGCCCGCAUGACUUCGGACUCCAGAUGGGCUACCACUCUCCGGCCACAAACGGAAACUCCAGCACGCUAGGGGGGAUUUCUCCCCAGCUCAACCAUUCGCCGAUCACGUCGCAGCCCCAACAGCAUUAUCAUCAUUCGUCGCUCCCACCUACCACUCAAGGAUGGGGCGAUUUUGGUUACGCGUCCUACUCCGGUACUUCAGCAGGUCCGACCUCUAUGUCUGACCACCAUGGCCAGCACGAACAGCACAGCGCAUCCCCAUAA